AUGGAGGAUUGUCCCCUGCUUCAUUCUUCUGGGAGCCUUCUCUCGUAUGCUAAGGCUCUAGUGUUUGGCCUUGCUGUUGUUGUUGUUGUAAAUAAGAUUGACAGACCAUCCGCUCGUCCUGAUUUCGUUAUCAAUUCCACAUUUGAAUUGUUUAUCGAACUAAAUGCUACAGAUGAGCAGUGGUAUAAAGGGAAGGCCCGACUAUCUCCUGUCAAUUUGGCAGAAGAUCUUGGGCCUCUCUUUGAGUCUAUAAUAUGCAUUCCUGGCCCACAUAUUGACAAAGAUGGUGCACUGCAAAUGCUUGCUACAAAUAUUGAAUAUGAUGAACAUAAAGGACGUAUAGCUAUUGGGCGACGCUUGCUUGCUGGGGUUCUUCAGAAAGGAAUGGAAGUAAGAACUUUGGCUCGAAAGCUUUCAAAUGCAGCCUUCGAUAACGGUUUUGUGAAGCCAUCAGCUAUUUGGUGCAUGGCUGGAACCUAG